UUGAAGAAAUACAUAAGUACGUAGAAAGCAAAGCUCUAUAGAGAUAAAGAUUGUAGUGAGCUUUGUAACAUGCUUUUCCUGUGGUUUGACAGUUAAUUUAAAUUUAAAAAAUAAUUGAAAUAAAUGUUUUUCAUGAACAUUAAAAAAACAAUAGACAAUUAUUAAAGAUCAUUUUAUAUUAUAUUUGCGAAAAAUGAAAUUUAAAAUAAAAAAAUAAUAGAUAUGAUUAAAUUGUAUGAUUUAUAAAAGUUAGUUGGAUAAAAAAUAUAGUAGAAUCAAUGAAAAUGAGUUUAAUUAAUUUGAACACAUCACAAAUGGAACAAAUUCUUUCACUUCUAGAAGAUAUGUAUUAUCUUUCUUAUCCUCAAUCACAACAAAAAUUAAAUAAAUAUAUCCAAACUGCAACAAAUACAAAAUUAUGUUUUCUUAUACCAAUUUUAGCAAAAUCAGAAGAAAUGAUAAUUCAUGUAAUAGGAGAAAAAAUUUUAGAUAGAGAAUUAAGAUUUCCUAUAUCAAAUAAUAUUUUACAUAAAACUAUACAAAAUAAAAAGCCAACUGCUAUAGAUAUGACAAUGCUUAAUGAAGAAUUAUUAUAUCAUCUUCAACCAAUAUGUUCAACAUCAAAUUCAUUUUUAACUAUUCCUAUAGUACAUCCUAAACAGAAUUAUAUAGCUUUAUUAGUUUGUUUGAUUGAUAAUGAUUCCAAAAAUGAAAUUAUAUGUAAAUGUGCAAUAGUACAAGAUUGUUUUAGAUUUUGCUUAGGAUUUCUUCUAAAUUCACUCACAUGUUAUGAAGAAACUCGAUUGAAAUUACAAUGUCAAAAAUUACUUGCUGUUUCUAAAAAACUUUUCAUAUAUUUAGGAGAGAUUUCUGAUUUAUUGAGAGAAAUAAUGAUAGAAGCUAAAAAUCUAACAAAUGCAGAACGUUGUUCAUUAUUUUUAUUAGAUCCUGAACAACAAGAUCUAGUUGCUAAAGUAUUUGAUGGUAUUAUUAUAGAUAAAUCUCUGGAAGAAAUGAGAAUACCAAUAGGACAAGGUAUAGCAGGUCAUGUUGCAACUAGUGGAACAGUGCUUAAUAUUAAAAAUGCAUAUGAACAUCCUCUUUUUUAUCCUGGUAUAGAUCAAUUAACAGGAUUUAAGACAAGAAAUAUUUUAUGUUUUCCAAUUAGAGAUGAAGAAAAAAUUAUAGGUGUUGCACAACUUUGUAACAAAAAAAAUGGAUUAUACUUUGAUGUUUUUGAUGAAGAAGUUGCAACAGCAUUUAGUAUUUAUUGCGGUAUUUCUCUAAUGCAUAGUAUUGUUUAUAAAAAAAUGCAAAUUGCUCAAGCAAGAAGUAAACUUAGUAAUGAAGUGAUGAUGUAUCAUAUGAAGAUAGAUGAAGAAAGUAUUCAAGUAAUUUUGAACUGUAAGGAUAAACAUGAUAUAGAAAACUUUAAUAAAUUUGAAUUUUCUCCUAGAGAUGUACCUUAUGACACUAUACCUUGUUAUAUAAUUAAAAUGUUUGAUGACUUAGGUCUUAUUAAAUAUUGGAAAUUGAAAUUGUCAACUUUAAUCAGAUUUUUAUUGUAUGUAAAAAAAGGAUAUAGAGAUGCACCAUAUCAUAAUUGGAUACAUGCAUUUUCAGUGACACAUUUUGCAUAUUUAUUAAUAAAAAAUUUAAAUCUUAUUAAUGAAAAUUAUUUAACACAUUUAGAAGCUUUAACUUUUUUAGUAUCUUGUUUAUGUCAUGAUAUAGAUCAUAGAGGAACAAAUAAUAUGUUUCAAACAAUAAGUUCUACAGUUUUAGCUACUCUAUACAGUUCUGAAGGUUCUGUAAUGGAGAGACAUCAUUUUGCACAAACCAUGUGUAUUUUAAAUACAGAAGGUUGCAAUAUAUUUGAGAAUUUUAAUAGUAAAGAAUAUGCUGAAAUAUUAAAUAUGUUGAAGAAUAAUAUACUUGCAACAGAUUUAGCAUCUCAUUUUCGAAAAAUAAAAAAACAGGAAAUAAUGAUUAAAGAUAAAUUUGAUAAAAAUAAUCUUACACAUAAAAAAUUAUUAAUGGAUAUGCUUAUGACAUGUUGUGAUCUUAGUGAUCAAAUUAAAUAUUGGGAAAUUACUAAAAAAACUGCAGAAAAAAUUUAUGAAGAAUUUUUUUCACAAGGAGAUUUGGAAAAAAGUAUGGGUACUUCUCCUAUAGAAAUGAUGGAUAGAGAACGAGCAUCUAUACCAGAUCUUCAAAUUCAUUUCAUUACAAAUGUAGUUCUUCCACUUUUUAUUAAUCUUUCUAAAUUAUUUCCAAUGAUACAACCACUUAUUGAUGUGCUGAAAGAAAAUCGAGAUUUAUGGGAAGAAUCUAAAAAUGUAUUUAAAAAAUAUAUGGAAAAAGGAAUGAAAAGUUUAAAUAUUCUAUUGAAUCCUAGUUUUGAAAAAGAAGUAGCAGAACUUUAUGCUCAACGUAAAAAAGAUUUUAAUGAUUCAACAUUAAAAUAAUAUACAAUAAUGUAAAGAAGAAAAUGGCGCGCCCGCGAGAAUAGAUGGCGUUAAAUGCAGUGAUUCAAAUUAAACUGAAAAUUCGUUAUGUAUUUGAGGGAUAAAACUUGCACGAUCCCGCCUAUGACACGAAAUGGAGAUUGUCGUUAAGGAUUUCCGUUCUUUUAUAUAUUUUGUCAUUGAAAGACACUAAUUUGUGUAAUUUAUUUAUUCUUGUUGUGAAAAUUAUAUUUAUAAUUUUUCAGUUUUUAUACAAAUGUAAAAGGUAAGCAAAUAUAUUAAUAAAUAUAUCUCAAUCCCCUAAUUUAUUUCCUUUAAAAUAUGUUUGUAUGUAUUUUUAUAUUACUUUGAUAUUUAUUUAAUAUAAUAAUAAAUUUAUUGAUAUUAAUUAAAUUGUGAAUUCAAUUAAAAUCAAUAAAAAACAAAUUAUUAUAAUUAUACAUAUACGUAAUUGAAUUAAAUUUAUUUUUUAUUAUUUAACUAUUUUAUCAUUUCUUCAUCAUUUUUAUUAUUGAAUAUUAUGUUAUUACUUACUAUUUAUAAAUAUUUUUAAAUAUUUUACUAUUUAUGAAGAAUUAUAUAUAAUAUAAUAUAAUAUGUAAUAUAAUAUAUAAUAUAAUAUAUUUAAAUAAAAUUGUGUUAAUAAAAA